GGCAGUCAGUCCAUCCACCAAACCAGCACUCGCUUCGCUCCACCACCAGCUCGAAACCCAUGGAAGCGGAGGCGUUCCCGAUACGGUUCACGCGGGGCGUGCGCGCCUACUGGCGGCGCCACAAGUACCACCGCCUGGCGGGCGGCGCCGACGGCAAGCAGCCCCGCUCGCGGCAGCUGGGCUCCGGCGGCGGCGGCGCGCGCGUGCGGCGGCGGGUGCGCGUGCUCCUGGCGGGCCCGCGGCGCGCGCUGGCGCGGGCGCGGGACGCGUACGUGGGCGGCAUGCUGGCGCUGGGCAGGCGCGCGUCGGCGCUCGCGCUGCCGGGCGCCGUCGAGGCGCUCUGGGCCAAGCGGGUGCCGCGCCACAAGCAGCAGCAGCAGCAGCUCCCGGCGCCCGGCAAGCCCACGGAGUUCGAGCAGCGCCUCAUCUUCGAGAUCUACAAGUCCAUCGUCGCGUCCAAGGAGCUCACCACCAUGCUCCACUCCUCCGCCGCGCACCUGCCGCCCGCCGCCUCUGCGGCGGGCCUCCCGUCCACGCACCUCCUCGACAUGUGAUGAGCCGCGCCGCUGGAUGGAGAAGGAGAGAGAACGCGCGCGCCGCCGGUUAUCAGUUGUAACGUAACGUAACGAGAGAGGUUUGGAGGAGAAUCCCAAGCUGUCAAAUACUAGCGUCGUCCAAGUUAUCAAUUGUAAUUGUGAUUGUAAUGACGCACGCAUGCACACCCACGUACUGGGCAUCCAUGCAGGCAAGCCAAAGCCACCACCCCUGCCGCAAAAAGAUGCAUGCAGCAGCCUGUAAAUUUCUAAGAAAAAUCUAGCGACCAAAAUGAAAC